UCUCGUUAUCCUCGAGCCGAAAGCACAGCAAAAACCCCAAACCCCCCGCGCCGUCGCCACCCGUUCGCCUCCGGUUCCAGCCCAGGCCAAACACCGAAAUGGCGACCAUCUCCCUCUUCUCCCUCCCCCCUCUCCGUCUCACCCGGGGCCUCCUCUCCCCCUCCUCCGGCCCCGCCUCCCGCUUCCAAACGCUCGCCUCAAAGAAGGCGGGUGCGCCCACCGUCUCUGGCCCCGGCGCCGGUGGGGGCGGCGGGAGAGGGUUGCUGUCGGUGCUCGACCGCGCGCUUACGGACGAGGAGGAGUACCGCCGGGCGCGCGCCCAGGUGCAGCGCAAGGGCGUGGAGGUGGAAGGAUACGCCAUCGAGGGGAUUUCGGUGGGUGGGCAUGAGACCUGCAUCACUGUGCCGUCCCUGAACGUCGCCUUCGACAUCGGCCGCGGGCCGCUCUUCGCCGUUCGCCAGGACUACCUCUUCAUCACCCACGCCCACCUCGACCACAUCGGUGGUCUUCCAAUGUAUAUAGCAACCCGUGGCCUCUACAACUUAAAGCCUCCAACUGUAUUUGUACCACCAUGCAUAAAGGAUGAUGUUGAGGAACUGCUUCAGAUCCACCGUAGAAUGAGUCGAAUUGAGCUGGAAGUUGAAUUAGUCGCACUUGAUUUGGGAGAGACAUAUGAACUACGCAAUGACCUUGUUGCCAGACCAUUUCAGACUCACCAUACUGUACCCAGCCAGGGUUAUGUCAUAUACUCUGUUCGAAGGAAGUUGAAAAAACAAUAUGCUCACUUGAAGGGAACUCAAAUAGUGAAACUGAAGCAAUCAGGCUCUGAGAUUACGGAUACCAUAUUGUACCCAGAAGUUGCCUUUACUGGAGAUACAAAGUCUGAUUUUAUUCUUGACCCACGAAAUGCGGAUGCCCUGAGAGCAAAGGUUCUUAUAACUGAGGCGACCUUCCUAGAUGAUCAAGUUGAUGUUGAUCAUGCUCGAGAGCAUGGCCACAUGCAUCUAUCUGAGAUAAUGGAGCAUUCCCAAUGGUUUAGAAACGAGACAGUCAUACUCACCCAUUUCUCAAAUCGAUAUAGUCUUGAGGAUAUACGACAAGCUGUUUCCAGGAUACAACCAAAGUUACUUUCAAAGGUUGUUGCUUUGACAGAAGGCUUCAAAUCUGAAUAUAGUUAAGUGUGCAGAAGCAGAAGACCUGGUGUUUCUCCUCCUGAUCCACUGAAUGCCUGUUCACAUUAGGAACUGCCAUUUUGGUUAAGAAAUGUCAUAUAUAUGGCUGUUUUAUGCGGCCAUAUAUGUAUUUCUCUAUCUUUUGUCCUUAGUGUUAGAAAAAUAAACUCUGUACAGCUUAAUGAAUCUUUUAGUGGGAGAAGAACUUUCUGCUUGCACACAUGUAGGAGAUUCUGUACAUUACAGAACCUUUUCUUAGAUAUUCUCCAGUUUGCAGAAUAGCGAGGUGGGAAAAUACAAUGCUUAGAAAAAACUGGAGGGCAACUACACAAAAGUACUUAUACUCCUGCAUGAAAUAUAUAAAGCUAAUAUGGCA